AUGUCGAAUCAACCAACCCUCGUCUUCAUACACGGUUCAUGGCAUACACCAACAUGCUACAACCCACUAAUCAAGCUCCUGGAACCAAAAUUAAGAUGUGUGGCCGUAUCUCUACCCUCAACAUCGGGAAAUCCAAAGGCAACCUUCAAAGACGAUCUCGACGCAGCUCGGACCGUGGUUUCCGACGAGACAAGCAACGGUCGCAAUGUGGUUGUCAUUGCGCAUUCAUACGGCGGUAUCGUGGGGAGUAGCGUUAUCAAAGGUUUCGCAAAUUCAAAGGAAUCACCACCCACCGACAACAACCAGUCAGGAUACGUGAUUGGUUUGAUUCUCAUAGCCUCCGGCUUCAAUCUGACCGGACUGUCCUUCAUGGAUCCAUUCUUCGGCCAUCCACCACCUGCGUGGCGCGUGAACAAUGAAACCGGCUACGCUGAACUCGUCACGCCGCCCCGCGAGUUAUUUUAUCACGAUUUACCGGACGACGAGGCGGAGUACUGGGUCUCGGAACUUACUACCCAGAGUCUGAAGGCGUUGUUUGAAGGCGGCGAGUUUACUUAUGCUGGGUGGCAGGAUGUGCCGUCUUGGUAUAUUGGGACUGUGGAGGAUCAUGGGUUACCGGUUCUUGCUCAGCGGUUGUCCGUUGGUAUGGCGAGGGAGAUGGGGGGGUGUUGUGGAACAUCGUGA